UUUGUGCUCCCCCGGCCCCUCUCUCCUCCCACCGCCCGGGGGGCACCGUAUAUAUAUCCAUCCCUCCUUGCCUGCCUCGGGCAUUUCGGGGGUUCCCCCCUUUGCCCCCCUUUGCCCGCCCGGGGAUGGAGCAAAGAGGGAAGAGGACACCGGACGGUCUUCUCGGGGUCCGGCUGGUCCCCCCCGUGCUUUUGCUGCCGCUGCUGCAGCUGGUGGGGGGGGCUCCCUCGGGCCAGAGGCUGUACCCCAUGCCGGCCAGCAUCCUGCAAGCACCCUGUGUGUCACCAGCUGUGCCCCCUGCCAUGCCCCCCAGCUGCCAGGCCCUGCUGGAUGCGCAGGCACUGCCCGAGCUGCCCCAGCGCAACUGGGCACUGAGCCAGGCCUGUGCCCCGUACCAGCGCCUGUGCCCACCUGAGGGGGCCCUGCACACCUGCACCCCGCUCAGCGCCCAGCUCUGCCGCCACCGCCUCCAGGAGUGCCAGACGGGGGCCGCAGCCCCGAGUCCUGACGCAGCAGCGGAGGAGGCGAUGCCAGGGAGCUGUGGGCGCCGCGGGGUCCUACAAGGCAACGGCACAGCCCCCCGAGGAAGGAUCAUGGGCGGCAGCGUGGCCCCGCGGGGCGCUUGGCCCUGGCUGGUGUCGGUGCGGCUGCACGGGGAGCUGAUGUGCGGAGGGGUGCUGGUGGGGCGCUCCUGGGUCCUCACGGCGGCACACUGCUUCGGCGGGAACCGGAACGAGCUGGCGUGGACAGUGGUGGUGGGCGACCACGAGCUGGGCAAGCCGGGAGCGGGCAAGCGGGCAGUGCCCGUCCGGCGCAUCCUGCCUCACCCUAAGUUUAACCCCAAGACGUUUCACGGGGACCUGGCGCUGCUGGAGCUGGCAGUGCCGCUGGCUCCAUCACCCACCGUCAGCCCCGUGUGCCUUCCCAGCGGCUCCGCGGAGCCCAGCCCCGGCACCCCCUGCUACAUCGCGGGCUGGGGCUCCCUCUACGAAGAGGGACCACCAGCCGACGUGGUGAUGGAGGCACAGGUGCCCCUGCUCAGCCAGGAGACGUGCCGGGGUGCCCUGGGCAAGGACCUUCUCACCAGUGCCAUGUUCUGUGCUGGGUAUUUGUCUGGAGGCAUCGACUCCUGCCAGGUAACCGUGCCUGAGGGAUUGUCAGCACCGCACUUCAAAAUCCCUUCACACAGUGACAGACACGCACACAGCACAUCAGUAAUGCCUGGGGUCCCAGCCCAGCCCAGUGCACCGGCAUUUCCCCUGCAGGGCGACUCAGGGGGCCCGCUGGCGUGCGAGGACCCCACUUCACACCACUUUGUCCUCUAUGGUAUCACCUCGUGGGGUGACGGCUGCGGCGAGCGGGGCAAACCAGGAGUCUACACCCGUGUCACUGCCUUCACGGACUGGCUGAGUCUGCAGAUGGACUCUGCCCCUGGCAGCCGAGAACCGAGCUGCUUCGACCUGCUGGCCGUGGCACAGCUGCCCCCUGAGCAGCAGCCCCCGGAGCGCGCCCGUCUCUGCGCCUUCUACGCCGGGUCCUGUCGGGCACCUCAGGGCCGGGCCACCUGUGCCCGUCUGGCCGAGGAGACCUGCCAUGCCAGGACAAGAAGAUGUGAGCUGCACUCCUAUGCCCAGACCUUGGUGGAUCUCUUGCAGCGGGCUGGGGACUUCAUCCGAAACCAGUUUGAUUUCUCCUUCCUCACCCGCACUCUGCCCCAGCUCCUGGGCAAGAUCUACGGGCACUUCUUCCCUCCCCGUGUCCGCAGGGAUGCCCCAGGCCUGUCUGUGGCAGGGGGCAAAUCCAGCCCCACAGUGGGACCCCAGAGACCCCUCAGCAGGUUGGGGGACAGGCGUCUGCCCUCCUUUGCAGAGCUUUUUGGGGUAGUGGGACCCCAGCUGCAGGACUGGGUGGAGGCUCUGAGGACUGUGGCAGAGGGCAGCCACCUGGUGACAACACAGGACAGGGAGCAGCUCUCCGGGGAGAUACAGCUCUUCCUGCAGGGUGAGGAUGUGGUGGAGGAGAUGGUGGCACAGGGACGAGCCUUCCUCACCCAGCUGCGAGCAGAGCUGAACCUUGGCACCACCCUGGAAGCCAUGGAGCCACAACGGGCAUCUGGAGAGCUGGCAGGGACCCUCGUGCCAAGCCAUGAACCCCGGAGGGAGAAACGUGAACUGGUGCCCACGGAGCUGCCCAGGGUGGAGGAGGAAGAGGAGGAGGAGGCAGGCGUGGGCAGAGCCUGCCCUGGCCUCAAUGAGUCGGCAGUGCGGGUGGGCGCGGUGCGGGACCUGUACGCCUGGGUGCUGCGGGUGCCCGAGGCAGACCUGGCCAUGACCUUCCAAGAGAUCCUGGUGGACUUGGGCUCCAAAAACACCAAGGGACUGUACCGGGCACAGGUUCGGGCCACUGUAGGGGGCCGUCCCACAGCCUUCACUGGCCUUGUGGGGCUGGAGAGUGACACACUGGCCCGUAGCAUGCCUGGCCUCGUCGCUCUGGCACUUGAAGUGCUGAAAACCUAAUGGGACAGUGUACCAGCAUGGGGAGAGGGCACUGGGGCAGGUGUCCCUUAUGUCCUUCAAAAACACUCCACUUCCAGUCUUAGGCUCUUCCACUCCUUUGUCCCCAAUUGUACCUCAGUCUCUCUUCCCACCAGCACUUCCUUACUUCCCCAGAGCAAUGGGACCCUGGUGGGUACCUGAAGCAUCUCAGCCAGGAAUGACAGUCCUCCUCUUCCCUGGAACCCCCACCUUUGCAAGCCCACCCUCACCCCAUCUUUCCCAGAGGCACCUGAGCUGUUAUUUAUUUGUACAGAGAAGGUUUAUUUUUCAAUAAAGAAGGGCUCUAUUUUCCAGUA